GAUUGCUUUGCACUGUGCUUCUCCCUCCUGAUGGUGGUGUCACCUCUAACUGAUGCACAAUCCGGGGCAACCACUCCAGGUCCAAUAACGGGCUGUGCAGGUCCACCAGUGCUGUGCUGCCUUGGUAAAAACAACACCUGUGUCAGGGGGUGUUUCUGUGACGAUUUCUGCUUAGUAAACAAUGAUUGUUGUGCAGACUACAACACCACCUGCAAAUCUUCGGCCACUACACCCCCGAGCAGAUUCAGCACAUCAACAAGCACCACUACGUCUACGACAGCCAAUAGCAUCACAACUUUCAGAACCAUAGUCUCUUCAACAGCAGCUGCUCCCACGACAACAAGCAGCAGUAGAACAUCUGCACUUCUGAAUGUGAGCAGCACCUCAGCUUCCAAAGAGUCUGCUGCCACAGCAACCAGCCAAACCAGCAACACCACCACACCCACACCAGCAGAUAACAGCACCACUUUAUCAGCCUCUGUGACGACAUCUUCAGCCUUCUCACCCGAUACAACAUCUACACCCGCACAUGUGAGCAACACCUCAGCAUCUACUGCACACAACACAACCAGCAGCACCACCACCCUGACGCCUGCACCCACUCUCUCCAAUACAACAAACAGUAGCUUAUCUGCACCAGUAGAUGGCAGCACGUCCUCAUCUACAACCUCUGCUUCUACGACACACUACACAACAAACAGCAGCACGUCUACACCUCACAUAUACAGUCUAUGGUCUACACAGACAAACGUCACCACAGCGGCAUCGAGCAGUACAUCUACACCUGCAAAUGGACUCACACCUUCAGGAUCCACCGCCUCUACAGCAACAGCAGGAACAACACUGUCAGAGACCAGUGCUCCUCUGGGAACUAGUAGUGUCACAUCUUCACCAGUAGAGAGAAGCACAUCUGACAUUUCCAACAUUGACACAGAUUCCCAGAAGACCAGCAGCUCAAAUAAAGUGACGGUUCGCCUAAGAGCUUCUGUUUUAUCACAUAGUGAAGGAAACGAAGAUGUGAUUUCAGAAGCUUUAUCGAAAGCAACUUCUGACCCAGAUCUUUCUGCAGAUGAAAUGUGAGGACUGCACCGUGGCCAUCAAAUCCAUCAAACCCACCUAACACAGCAUAUGCCUGUAUAUACUUUCCACAUAUUUAUUCAGCACCAUCUGCACUACAUGACGUCAGGAAAGGCUGAGCAGCCGAAACCAAAGUAAAGCGGUGCUGUUCAACUGAAGAGGGUAUUUUAUGUGGUAUUUAAAGGACGGGAGUAAGUAAAAGGAUAAUUAUACUGCCAGUGGUGGUUAUGGCCCAUUUAAACCACAGAGGUCAGUGAAAAUAUUUUGUAAAAAAUAAGUCAAACAAUGUGGGGAAGGUUCAAGUCAAAAGGUCAUCUCCUGAGAAGAUGCAGAGUAAAACAACCUGAGGGACAAGUUAAGAAAAUCUCAUUCGCAGAACUGUUUCACUGUGGUGGAAGGAAAAAAAAUCAAUCAAUCUAUUGAUUAUAUUCUUGACUGAUUAUUUUGGUUAAUAAAAUGUCACAAAAU